UCUGGUUCCGCUCAGUCUUGCUGCUGGGAAAGUGGCCUGGGAUCUCCCCUCUUGGAGGGCCCUUCUGUGUCCCUUUGGAGGAAGAAGCUGGAGUACAACUGUCAACAUUCCCCAGCAUCUGAGAGGCAAGAAGAUGGCCCAUCUUCUGCCGGACCUCUGUAAAGAAAUCCUGCAAACUGACAGCAACCGGACCAGUGAGGAAAUCAACUCCUUGAAAGUAAAGGAAGAGGUUCUCGAUGCAGAGGCCACCAGCUCGGAAAGGCAGCGCCAGCACUUCAGACAGUUUGGCUACCAAGAGGCUGAGGGACCGCGAGAGGCUUGUAACCACCUCUGGGAACUGUGCAAUCUCUGGCUGCAGCCGGAGAGGCACACCAAGGACCAGAUUCUGGAGUUGGUGGUGCUGGAACAGUUCCUGGUCGUCUUACCGCCAGAGAUCCAGAGCUGGGUUCGAGACAUGGAGCCAGAGAACUGUUCCCAGGCUGUGGCUGUAGCAGAGGAUUUUCUUCUGAGGCACCAGGAGAAUGAGAGGCAGAAAGAGCUGGUAUUGGGGCAGUUCAAAGAAGAGGGGAUGAAUUCUCCCAACACGGAGGAAGCUUCAUCAGAUUCCUGGCACAGAGUCAUUUUAGGGGAGAUAAAACAGGAGGAAGAGGAUGAUGACCAAGAUGCUGCCUCACUAGGUGAUGAGCGAACCUAUGGUGUGGACUCUGACAUUUCUGGGGAACCAGAGCCCCACAAGGUAUUCUUGGGAAGAGCCGAGUGGAACGUUUCACGCAUCCCUGAUCUGGGGGAAGCUUCAGAGAGCCAUCUGGAGAAGGAAAGGGGAAAAUUAAUUUGUACUCCGCAGAGCUACUCGCAAGUCACAGGAGGAGCGGGAGGAGGCCAGCCCAGAAUCCAAGAUGAACGCUUGAAAAAAUGCCCUGAAUGCGGGAAAGGUUUUGUAUGGCGGUCGGAACUUAUCGAACACCAAAGAUCCCACACAGGGGAGAGACCCUAUUCCUGCUCGUACUGCGGGAAAAGCUUCAGCCGCAAGUCAUACAUUAUUAAGCAUGAAAGGAUUCACACGGGAGAGAAACCCUACAUCUGCUCCCACUGUGGCAAAGGCUUUAUUUCAAAGUCAGACCUCAUCAAACACGAAAGGACCCACACAGGGGAGAAACCCUACCUCUGCCCUGACUGCGGGAGAAGUUUCAGCCGGAAACAGUUCCUGGUGACCCACCGGCGGACCCACACAGGGGAGAAGCCCUACAAAUGCUCUGAGUGUGGCAAGAGUUUCAGCCAGCGGACUUGCCUUGUCAUCCACGAGAGAGCCCACACGGGAGAGAAACCCUUCCAGUGCCUGGUGUGUGGGAAGAGCUUUGGCAGGAGGGACAUCCUCAUGACACACCAGAAGCUGCACACCCGAGAGAAGGCAUUCCAGUGUGCCAAUUGGUUGUGAAAUGCUUGCUAGUGUCUCCUCUGUGUUUGUGGGUUCAAGUGCUUUGGGUUCACUGUGGCAUAUAAAUCAGACAUAGGGAAUCUUUGGCCAGAAAUUGGAAGAGUUUCUUUUUGUGGAAUACAGCACACAGAAUUCCUCCAAACACUUUUGAACUGAGUAAAUUUGGGAAUUGUCAAAGCAGCUUCUCCAAAUUCUUUUUUGCUGUGCCGACUGAAUGAAUCUGGGAAUUGUCAUCCGACAUAGGUAGCUUCUCCAAAUUCUUGUUUCUGAUUCUCUAGAGCAGGAUUGGGCAAAGUGGGCCCCUGCCAGGCUGUUUUUGUAGCCCUUGGGAACUUCUGGCAGUAAACAAAAAUGCCCCCAAAUAUCACACAAUGCCCUCUUCGGGGCAUGAAAGCAUUUCCCCUCUGGGCCUUGUCAGAUCCAGAAAAUACCCUUUUAAAAAUCAGAAGUUAUUUACAUUCACUUCUUGUUCUGGAAAAAGGGCAGGGAGGGUUGCAAACAUGGCAAAAAUGCCCUCACAGCCCCUAGAGGGCAUUUGAGUGCAAAAAAUUAACCUUGCAAUACAGCAAGUACAUUUCUUUACCGCUUAUGAAUGCACUUACUGUAAGCACUCCCUGGGAGUGCUUAAGCACUUUCAAUGGGAGAUGAAGCAGGAAGUGUGCCCCCAAAUUCUCCCAUGGGGCUCAUGCAGUUCCCUAGCCUUCCACUGUUGCCUGCCCCUUCUCAAGAGACAUGGGUCUACAGUGUCCACAGCCCCUGAUCACUGGCCAAGAUGGGUGGUGCUGAUGGGAUUUGUAGUCCAAAACAUUCAGGAGACCUAGUAGUCCUAUCCCUGGUGUAAAUAUUUGGGAAGCCAUUAAGAAAAGGAGGACUGUGUCUCUGUGAAAGAGAAAAACAACAUUUGAAUGCUGGGUCUAAUAGGUUAAAGAGCUAUGUUAGAUGUUUUUAAGUGUACGCCCCUUCCCCAAAACAAAUAUAAUGUGGAAAUUAAGCUAGGAAACAUUUCCCGCUGAUAGCGCACGGCAUAAAUAUACACUGGCAUUGUUACAUGGGAUCCAGAGCUUGCAAAUUUUUUUCUUUUUAAUAAACCAUUCCAUUAUUCAGUAGAAUCUAAAAGUCUGUUACCAGUACUCAAUACAGUGAUUAAAAGUAAGACGUUAUUUCACUUGCUGCACUGUUUAUUAUUUUUCCUUUUUUCCAUUUUUUGAGGGGAUAAACCCAUAGAAUAAUGUAGAGAAUGGAUUCAAACUCUGCCAAAUUACCUCUAAAUCUAUCCUUUAAAGGUAACGUUUGAAAGUUGCUAGAAACAAGCAAGGUACAAUCGGUCGUCUGUAUCCAUGGAU